GCAAGAGAGUGAGUACGCCAGUACACCAUAGUACAGCCCGAUGGGACGCAUGACAAGUGUCCGGUCCCUUAUAUAUUAGAGCAAACCCUUUUUUCCAACCAUCACACUGUGUAUAGGUACCACCGAAACGUGACAUUAUGACAGCGAUUGGACUUUAUAUAGUAGGCUGUUUCAUUUCAAUAGGGGAUCAUUAAAUGCAAUCAUCGUGUAGGACAGUCAGUUGUCAAGCCUGAAGGAAACAGACAGACGACAGUCAUGGAUCAGAGAGUUGGCAGAAUGAUCAGCUAGCGUUUUAUAUCACCAUUUCGUCAAGACCAGAGGAGAAACGGAAGACCGCGCACCUGGACCAGAAUGGAUUUCAGCACCAUUCGGAGCCUCAUCACCAGAUACUGCACCGGAGAGGAGGAUUGGGUGGACAGCCGGACGGUUUAUAUCGGACAAAAAGAACCUCCACCGGGAACCGAAGCGUACAUUCCACAGAGAUUUCCUGACAACAGAAUUGUCUCCUCGAAGUAUACUUUUUGGAAUUUUAUACCGAAGAAUCUGUUCGAGCAGUUCAGAAGAAUCGCCAAUUUUUACUUCCUGAUCAUCUUUCUAGUGCAGCUGAUCAUUGACACGCCAACCAGUCCUACGACCAGCGGCCUUCCUCUAUUCUUUGUCAUCACGGUCACAGCCAUCAAACAGGGCUAUGAGGACUGGAUCAGGCACAAAGCGGACAACUCUAUAAAUCAAUGUCCAGUCCACGUCAUCCAGCAUGGCAAAGUUGUACGCAAACAGAGUCAAAAGCUACGGGUGGGUGAUAUCGUCCAGGUAAAAGAGAACGAGACAUUUCCGUGUGAUCUCAUACUUCUCUCCUCCAGUAGAGAGGAUGGGACAUGCUUCGUCACGACAGCCAGCUUAGAUGGAGAGUCCAGCCAUAAGACCUAUUAUGCAGUUCAGGACACAAAGGCAUUCAACACAGCGGAGGAGGUCGACACACUGCAUGCUACAAUAGAAUGUGAACAACCCCAGCCGGACCUCUACAGAUUUGUGGGACGCAUCAAUAUUUAUUUGAAUCGAGAUGAGCCCAUCGCGAGACCUCUGGGUUCUGAGAACCUACUUCUCCGUGGGGCAACACUGAAAAACACUGAAUGCAUAUACGCUGUGGCCAUCUACACGGGCAUGGAAACCAAGAUGGCCCUGAACUACCAGUCCAAGUCUCAGAAACGCUCGGCUGUUGAAAAGUCUAUGAAUGCCUACUUGAUUGUGUAUCUUUGCAUUCUGAUCAGUAAAGCUCUGAUCAAUACGGUGCUGAAGUACGUUUGGCAGGCCAACCCAAACAAUGAUGAGCCCUGGUACAACCAGAAGACUGAAACCGAGAGGCAACGGCACAUAUUAAUCCGGGCGUUUACAGAUUUCCUAGCCUUUAUGGUUCUGUUCAACUACAUCAUUCCUGUGUCCAUGUACGUGACCGUGGAAAUGCAGAAGUUUCUGGGCUCCUACUUCAUCCUGUGGGACGAUGAUAUGUUUGACGAGGAGCUCGGGGAGAGGCCGCUGGUCAAUACGUCUGACCUUAAUGAAGAACUCGGACAGGUUGAAUAUGUCUUCACAGACAAAACUGGAACUUUGACAGAAAAUAGCAUGGAGUUGAAGGAAUGCUGUGUGGAUGGACAUGUUUACGUACCACAUGCCAUCUGCAAUGGGCAGAUCUUACCCGGGGCGGAGGGCAUGGACAUGAUCGACUCCUCUCCCGGCAUAGAUGGAAAGGAGCGCGAGGAGCUGUUUUUCCGGGCUCUGUGUCUGUGCCACACAGUUCAGGUGAAGGAAGAGGAGACGGUGGACGGCAUUAAAAGAGGAAUCCAUCAAGGCAAAUCCACCUCCUUCUACAUCUCAUCUUCUCCCGAUGAAGUUGCGUUAGUGGAGGGCAUGCAGAGGUUGGGCUUCACUUAUCUUCGACUUAAGGACAGUCACAUGGAGCUCCUUAACAGAGAUGAUGAGAUGGAGAGAUUUGAACUGUUGGAGGUGUUGAACUUUGAUUCGGUGAGGAGAAGAAUGAGCGUAAUCGUAAAAUCAAACACAGGAGAGUACUACUUGUUCUGUAAAGGUGCAGAUUCCUCUAUUUUCCCACGGGUGAUUUCUGGGAAGGUGGAGCAGGUCAAAGCCCGUGUAGAGCACAACGCUGUGGAGGGUUUACGGACUCUCUGUGUGGCGUAUAAGAAGCUGAGCAAUGAGCAGUAUGAGGAAGCAUGUCGACUCCUCAACGGUGCUAAACUGGCGCUGCAGGAUCGCGACAAGAAACUGGCUGAAGUCUAUGAUGUCCUCGAGAAAGAUUUCAUACUGCUGGGAGCCACGGCUGUCGAGGACAGGUUGCAGGACAAAGCGGCCGACACAAUCGAGUCCCUGCAUAAGGCCGGUAUGAAGGUAUGGGUCCUCACAGGGGACAAAAUGGAAACUGCAGCAGCCACAUGCUACGCCAGCAAGCUCUUCCAUCGCAGUACACAGAUCCUAGAACUGACAACAAAGCGGACAGAAGAGCAGAGCCUUCACGAUGUCCUGUUUGAUCUGAGCAGAACCGUCUUACGACAUCAUGGCAGUAUGACCAGAGAUACGUUCUCAGGACUCUCUGGUGAUUGUCCGGACUAUGGUCUGAUCAUCGACGGGGCGACGCUAUCAGCUGUACUGAAACCAUCACAGGACGGCACCGGUAAUGGAGGAAACUAUAAAGAGAUCUUCCUGGAAAUCUGCAGGAACUGCAGCGCUGUACUCUGUUGCCGUAUGGCACCCUUACAAAAAGCACAGAUUGUGAAGCUGAUAAAAGCAUCAAAGGAGCAUCCCAUCACGCUGGCCAUCGGAGACGGAGCCAAUGAUGUCAGCAUGAUCCUGGAAGCCCACGUUGGCAUAGGAAUUAUGGGUAAAGAGGGCCGUCAGGCAGCACGUAAUAGUGACUAUGCAAUUCCCAAGUUCAAACAUCUCAAGAAGAUGCUGCUGGUUCACGGACACUAUUAUUACAUCAGAAUUGCUGAGCUGGUCCAGUACUUCUUUUAUAAGAACGUGUGCUUUAUCUUCCCUCAGUUUCUCUAUCAGUUCUUCUGUGGCUUCUCUCAGCAGCCGCUGUACGACACAGCAUAUCUGACUCUGUACAAUAUCAGCUUCACCUCAUUACCCAUCCUCCUGUACAGCCUGAUGGAACAGCACAUCAAUAUGGACAUCCUCAAACGUGACCCGUCUCUCUACAGAGAUAUUGCGAAGAACUCUCACCUGAGGUGGCCCACCUUCAUCUACUGGACAUUUCUGGGGGUCUUUGACGCCAUGGUCUUUUUCUUCGGUGCUUUCUUCCUUUUUGACAACACUACUUUCACCAGCAAUGGACAGCUAAUGGCCGCCAACACACAGAUGAUGUUUGGAAACUGGACGUUUGGGACACUCGUGUUCACGAUCCUGGUUUUCGUAGUUACGUUAAAGCUCGCCCUGGACACACAUUACUGGACGUGGAUCAACCACUUUGUCAUAUGGGGGUCUCUGCUUUUCUACGUGAUCUUCUCACUCCUGUGGGGAGGCAUCAUUUGGCCUUUCCUGAACUAUCAGAGGAUGUACUACGUGUUCAUGCAGAUGUUGUCCAGCGGUCCGGCAUGGCUCAGUAUAAUUCUGCUGAUCAUAGUCAGUCUGUUACCCGAUGUGCUGAAGAAAGUGAUGUGUAGAGCUCUGUGGCCCACCACCACAGAGAAAAUACAGAACGCAGAUAAACUCUACAAGGGUCACCUGUCAGAGUUCAGCCCCCUCUCCUCCCUCCAUGGCCCACCUUCGCAGAAACACGUCAGGCGUGGCAACGAGAACCGCGCCCACGGCAGGUCUGACACCUCCCCUCCCAAAAAACUGAUGUGUACCUACUGGGGUGGCAGGCGUGACUACUGCACCUUCAGCUCUUUCCUCCAAAUAGGAGAAAACCCGAGAUUGUCCGGGGCAGCUUACGCCUACAGUGCACCAGGGCCUGAGACCUCCGUAUGAUGAUGUCUCUUAAAGAAUCAAAAAACAAACGUUUGGCAUAGUGUAGCGCUUUGAUCAGUUUUGGCCUAGACCAUCUAGAACAAUCUUGACCUGUACCAAAAGCAUUGAAACACUCCCUGUACAUUGAUGCAACACAUAGCGAUGCAAUGUGUUCAUUUGGGGGCUGGAGGACGGCCAACCAGAAUCGGCUGCACCAUCUGUGAAUGUGGCGUACUGUGCUAAGCAGCCUCGGGACUUAUUUACCUUUGUUUAUUUAUUUAGAGUGCCUGUAUGUUGGAACGUGUGUACCCUUUAAAUUGUGGCUUGUGCGUGUUUGCUUGCACCCUCGUAAUCCUUUGUGUAAGAAAAAAUACUACGCAGCUAGUAGCAUAGCCCAUCCCAACUCAAACCCACCAAAUUUCCAUCACAGAAUAUAAAUAUGUGGAUGACAGUUAAAAUGGCCUUGGAUGCUUUUAAAACUGACUGUCCUGUUUUUGUUUUCUUUGUUGUCUCCCCACCCCUUUUUCUGCUUCUGUUUUCUCGUCCCACUUUUUAUAUAGAACAAACUGGUGUUGCUUUUGCGCAAACUUGUUGUCGAGGAACACGCCGUAACCUGCAGAUAACUUUGCAUUGUAAGUGGCUGAAUUUGGGCCUAUCUGUCGCUACGCUGUACUAGAUGUAGAUGUGUGUGUAUAGCGUGAGCACAUACGGAGGCCUUUGUUUGACAAACUACAAGACAAACUGUUAUUGGACUGACAGAGUUGAUCGUAACUUUUUUACGAAGUGGUGAUUUCAUCAGCCUGAUCUCACGAGAAUUCGUACUUAUUGUACGAGUUGGCUAGUUCGUAUAAAUUCGUACAAUUAAUCAUGCAAAAACGUACGAUUAUCAUAAAAAAACCCACCCCUAACAUCACAGGGCAAAUGCAAAUCGUAUUUAAUACGAAUGUGGUCGUACAAAUUAAUACGAAUUAGCCACCUUGUAAAAUACGUACGAAUUGCCAUUGGAUUUCAUAUUAAUUCGUACAAUAUGAGAUUCAUAAAAAAGCAAGAAUGCCAACGUCAAAGGAUAUCGUACUAUAACGUACAAAUGAGGUCAUACGAAAUUGCCAGUUCGUAUAAUAGUAACGAUUCACUAUUAGAUUGUGUUAAACUGUCACAUUUAUUUACGCUAUAACUUAUGAUAUAUUACUUAUAUAUAAUUAUUGAAAUUCCACGUUGUGACACUUUUCACCGUUCCAAAGUUGAAACGAUUGAAACGACUGACUUGUUGUCAUGACAACCAGUCACUCCGUCCUUGCUGCUCAAAGAUUUGCUUUAGUUUUUUAGUGUAGAACCAGAAACAGGAUAUGGUAACAUACAGUACAGAACGGUAGCUAGCUAAGCGUAACUGUUCUGCCUUAAUGCUACAAUGUCUCCCAUCCUUUACGCAACAGUUUGGAACCAAAGGUUGUAAUUUAAGUCAGAUACGAAAAGUAUAAUAUUGUGCGUUUGUUGCCUUAUGCUGAAAUAGAAAUGUGGAAAAGUGUUCAACAGCAUUCGUAGACGUAUCCCACCACACUGCCUUAAGUUGACGUUGCACCAGCUGAAAAUAUAAACGGUUAAAUGUACAGUAGUAUUUAACGUCUUACGGCUUUAACAGUGCCGGCAGCACAGCCCAGGGCUCCUGAAAAAGCUGCACAAAUAGGACGGCAAAGAAAUUUUAACUUCAUUGCCUUUUUGCGCACGGUAAAAUACAAAUAGUUUGUACCAUCCUGUUUGACUCCCAAAGCACGUUGCCUUUAUUAAUGUUAUUCUCGGAGCCCUGUGCUGGGUUGUUCGUAUCAUUUCUUUCAGCACAUUAUUAAUUCAUCAUCAUCUGAUGAAGUCAGAUGCAAUUAGCCCGGGCUACUGUUCACAAACAACUCAUUAAACUAACAGCCUCAGCAAGGUCAGUAUCACAGAUGGCCUGUCUUAACUGUCCCCAGCACUUUGUUUGGAGAAACGCCUCCCUUUUACUGUUUAAGAUACAGAGGAUACAACGUGCCUCAUACCCGAUGACCUGUUCAUUUAAAAAAUGAUGUCAAAGAGAUGCUGUUCGAUUCAGAUCCAUCUCCGUUCUGUAAAAUUCACUGUAAAUUUCAGUACUGACAUGGACCUGAAUUGAACUUAAAGUGUAUUUGCUCAUCAAAACAGGUCUCUCUAAAUACUUGGCAUUUUGAGUCUGUUUAAAGGGACACUCUACUUUUUUUUUUAAAUAUGCUAAUUUUCCAGCUCCCCUAGUGUUAAACAUUUGAUUUUUACCAUUUUGGAAUCCAUUCAUCUGAUCUCCUGGUCUGGCGGUACCACUUUUAGCAUAGCUUAGCAUAAUCCAUUGAAUCUGAUUAGACCAUUAGCAUUGCGCUAAAAAAAUAACCAAAGAGUUUCGAUAUUUUUCCUAUAUAUUUGAAACUUGACUCUUCUGUAGUUACAUCAUGUACUAAGACCGACGGCAAAUUAAAAGUUGCGAUUUUCUAGGCAGAUAUGGCUAGAAACUAUACUCUCAUUCUGGCGUAAUAAUCAAGGACUUUGCUGCCGUAACAUGGCUGCAGGAGGCGCAAUGAUAUCACGCAGUGCCAGGAAAUAGUCCCCUUUGGGAACUUUUAAUAGCAGGGG